AUGUCGCCAUUGAAGAAUACUAAACGCGCAAUCCGUAUUGCAGGAUGCUCAGGCGGAUUCACAGAUCGAUCUCUUGCUAUCACGAGAAUGGCAGGAGAUCCUGAUGUCGACGUUGUAAUUGGCGAUUGGCUCUCUGAAAUGACCAUGACGGUACACGGCAGCGGCAAGGUCAAAAACCUCUCCUCUUCCAACGGCAAAAUCCAACUUCCCCUCUCUGAACGCAUGAAGUCCGCUAUGUACGCCGAAACCUUUCUGCAAUGCUUCGAACCGGCGAUCCCUAACAUCGUCGCCAACAAAACUAAACUCGCUGUCAAUGCAGGCGCCUCUGAUACCGAGCUCCUCGCUGAAGUCGUCGUUGACAUGCUGGACAAGAAAGGUGCGGGCCAUUUAAAAGUGGCCUGGAUCGAGGGCGAUGACGUCACAGCCCAGGUUAAUAAGUUGAUUAAGAAGGGUGAGAAGUUUGAGAGUCUGAUGCAUGGGAAGAAGUUGGAGGAGUGGGGGAUGGAGCCAAUUUGCGCGCAGGCGUAUUUGGGCGGGUUGUGUAUUGCGGAGGCGUUUAAGCAGGGUGCGGAUAUUGUGUUGGCGGGUAGAGUCGCGGAUGCGGCGCCGGUUAUUGGGGCUGCUGCGUGGUGGCAUGACUGGAAGCCAGACCAGUUCGAUGAACUCGCGGCGUCCCUCAUUGCGGGCCAUUUGAUAGAGUGCUCAGCCUACGUGACCGGCGGGUACUACUCAAUGUUUAAGGAUCUCAUCAAGAUCGGGAAGCAUGUCAACAUGGGAUUUCCAAUCGCAGAAGUGGAAUACGAUGGAAGCUUCAACAUAGCAAAGGAAAAGAACACAGGAGGUUGCGUAACAAUCGGCUCCUGCGCAUCUCAACUCCUAUAUGAAAUCCAAGGUCCGCUGUACUACAACUGCGACGUAACCGCCGACAUCUCCAACAUCAAAAUGGAGCAGAUCGGCGAAGACCACGUGCGUGUCACAGGCAUCAAAGGCCUUCCUCCGCCGCCAACGACUAAAGUGGGUAUCACAGCGCCCGCGGGGUUUCAGUCCAUGGGUGAUAACGUCUCCCGCUUCACAACCCUGAAAUUCCACCAAAACGGCUCCUCCCCCCUGGAUGCCCCUAACCAAGAUCUCUCUACCGUCGACUUCCGGGUCUUCGCCCAAACCUCCGACCCCGAAGUCGUCCGCCCAGACAUCCCCAACGGUUUCAACCGCUGGUGUCUUGAAGUAUUCCUCCAGUCUGCCCCAGGGCUAUCCUUGUCCAACGACCUACGGCAAAUCGCGCCAAAGCCGUAUUACGAAUAUUGGGUUGCACUUAUGCCACAGACAGAAUUACCGUUGCGUGUGCAUAAUAUGUAUGGCGAGAGGACAAUUACGGAGCUGGAGGCGCCGAGAAUUACAAAGAUGUAUCCCCGGCAACAGCCAUCCUAUGACCCAGUCUCUCCCACCCCCCUCGAGACUUUCGGCCCCACGAUGCGUGCGCCGCUGGGAUACAUCGUCGCAGGGAGAUCGGGUGAUAAAGCGUCAGACUGCAAUUGCGGGUUUUUCGUGCGGCAUGCUGACGAAUGGGACUGGUUACGAUCAUUCAUGACGGUGGCGCAAGUCCAGCAGUUACUGGGGCCGCAGGAAUACAAAGGGAAGCCAAUUGAUCGGUUUGAGUUGCCGGGGAUUUUUGCAGUGCAUUUCUUGCUACAUGAUCAUCUAGAUCGUGGGUAUAAUGCUUGUAGCAAUUAUGAUACGUUGGGGAAGAAUGCCAUAGAAUACAUGCGAGCGAAGACUGUGGACCUGCCGAAGAAGUUUUUAGAUCGGGGGAGGAUUUGAAGGUGCCAGGCUCUUCUACCUAUAACGAGGCGCAGAAGGAAAGAGAUAUCAAAAGUGAAGGGGGACCAGGAUUUGUAUCAUGUCUUUAGUUGUUUAUGGAUGAGGGAAGUUACUAUUUUACUG